AUGGGAGAUUCAGAAGAUGAGCAAAUCGUUAAUUACGAAGAAGUGGAGGAAGAUCUUGCCGAAAUCGAGGCACGUCAAAAACAGUCAACAUCGGGCGGAUUAUUAAUCACCAAACACGAGGUGUUGCCGACCAAACGUGGCUUAAAACGUUUGGAUCACUUGCGUGAGCAAAGAAUUACUGAUGCCAUCCCACUCUUCGCAAGUAAAAUCUGGAAAAAGAAACGCUUAGCGAAAUUGCUACAUGGCUACUUCACUUAUGCACUCUAUUCAGCCGUCGGCACUUGGGAUCCACUUGAGUCGGAAGAAUUGGAUUCGAUUACGAAAGCGUUUACAACGAUCAACGAGUUGAAUGAGGAAAUUUGCGGUAACCUGACCGAACUUGCGGGCUUUCCCAAUGAAUAUGUGGAAGCGACAAAGAAAUUUUCAACUCUGGGAACAAUGGAACUUCGCCAAUAUGUAAAGAAAACGAAAAAAUUUGGGGUGGUCAAAGUCGAAACAUCGGAAAAUGAUGAAGCUCAGCUUGUUUGUCAAGGUUUUGGCCAUCACGGGUCCAGCCAGAAGCGAGCCACUUGUAGUCUUGUACUUGGAAAUUUUGCGAGUAAUCGUAACAAAACGAAUUAUGCCACACAGGAAAGGGCGACAUUUCUGCUCUGCGAUCGCCAUUUUUCACUUUGCAAGGUCUAUUUUGAGUUGACCAAGAUGGACCGAAAUUUUUAUCACAAUGCUCAGUAUCAGCUCAAUCGCUUUUCGCACGCAGAUGAGCCUAAAACAUCAGCUACGGCAAAAGAAAGAGUCGCUCGCAUAACCGAACAAGUUUAUGAUGCAAUAAUCGCACAAACGCUUGGCCUCUACCAUCGUUUGUUAAUUUUUGGAAAACCCGAGCAACUUUCGAGAUGGAUUGUCGAACCCUACGAUGAACAAGAGAAAAGACUACGAGAAGAAGUUGACCAGAAGCGCAGAGAAAAGAAAUCAAAAAAAGAACCCAGUAAUCUU